AAAUGUGAUAGUUGACUGCUCUCUGGUAGCUUCCGUCUCUUAGCAUUGUCCCUUACCGCACUUCGCGACGUCCCUCACCUCACCUCAAUAUUCCUACAUAAACCCCGCCAUCCCCCGCAACAGCAACGAUGGCUCCCAAGGGCAAGCAACAAUCCCAAAAGCAAGCGGCUUCAAAACCACCUCCGCCAACAGAGUACAAGACUAUCGGCGAAAAGCGACGUGCGGAAUACCUUGCUUCUAGGCCUCUACAGGUUCUGCAUGAUACGAAAGGCUGGGACGGGCUCACGGCUGCGGAAAAGACUGCAUACUCUACGUUUGCGCUGCUAGAAUCUGAGGCCUACACAACCUGGAGCGCACCACUACAGAAGGAUUUCCUAAAGCUUGUUGACCAGCUCAAGAUCUCACAACCACUACCGGAGCCAUAUCCGCUAGGCAAAGACAGGAGGGGAAAUAAUAUCGAGGAUUAUACGAUUCCGCAGUACGAGGCGUGGAAGGAGGACGAGGAGAAACUGAGGAUACUGAAAUGGGAGAGUGAGACCUUUAGAGAGAAGUGGGCGAAACAGCAUUACAAACCUAGUACGGAGCCGAGUAGCGCCGACAAGGACUAUAUCAAGAAGUGCAUCUGGGAGCCGGAAACUACGGAUUUGGAUUUUGAGAAGGUCAACGAGGAGACACUACGACCUUUGACGGAAGAAGAUAGGCUGGACGAACAGAAGCGCAGAGCUGAGAUUGUUAAAAUGGAAUCGGGAAAGCAGGUUGGCAGAUAUGAGGGAGAUCCGACUUGGGAUGAUGUGACGCCCAUUCCACAAGACGAUGGGAAGAACCCAUUAGCAGCAAUUGCCUACACCGACGAGUAUGCGGAAGCCAUCGCCUACCUCCGCGCCGUCAUGGCAUCCAAAGAGCACUCCCCGCGCACCCUAGCACUAACAUCCCACAUCAUCAGCCUCAACCCCGCCCACUACACCGUCUGGCUCUACCGGGCGAGCACUCUCUUCGCGCUAACCUUCACUCUCUCUGACGAGCUCGCCUGGCUCAACGAAGUGGCGCUUAACAACCAAAAGAACUACCAGAUCUGGCACCACCGCCAGCUCCUGAUCGAUAACCUCUACCCCACCAUCUCCGCCGAUCGCGAAAAGGUGCUAGAGCUCGCGAGGGAGGAGAUCGCGUUCCUGACGCAGAUGUUUGCGGAGGAUAGCAAGAAUUACCAUGUUUGGUCAUACCGCCAAUAUCUCGUGAGGAAACUGGAUUUGUUCCCGAGUCAGUGUCAGGACCCCGGGGAGCUGGGAGCGGUGGAGAGGUUGAUUGAGGAGGAUGUGAGGAAUAACUCCGCCUGGUCGCAUCGGUUCUUCCUCGUGUUUUCGGAUCCGGGGAACUCGACUGAGGGGUCCAAGGCUACGGAGGUUGAUCCCAAAAUCCCGGCUGAGAUCCUGGACCGCGAGAUUAGGGUCGCGGAGAACGCGAUCUAUCUUGCGCCGCAGAACCAGAGUCCGUGGAACUUCCUGCGCGGCGUGCUGAGGAAGGGGGGGAGGGAGUUGAAGUCUGAGGAGGGGUUUGCGGGAGAGUUUGUUAAACUUGGAGACGCGGAGGAGGAGGUGAGGAGCUCGCAUGCGUUGGAUUUUUUGGCUGAUGUGUGGGCGGAGAAGGGGGAGAAGGAGAGGGCCGAUAGGGCGCUGAGGUUGUUGGGGGAGAAGUAUGAUGGGGUGAGGAAGAAUUAUUGGGAGUGGAGGAGGGCGGCGCUGGGGGAGGUAAAGGCAUAAGUGUUGGGG